AUGCCAGUGGCUGGGGGGAUUGGAGGGGGUGUGGAUGGGGGAAAUGGGGAGGGGGGAGGAAAGAAUGGAAGUGACAUGAAGAGGGGAAGGAGGGCGUCUCGAUGCGGAAGGUUUCUGCGUCCACUAGAUGCCAGUGACUGGGGGGGGAGGAGGAAGGGUUGUGGAGGGGGAAAAGGGAGAGAAGGGGAGAAAGAAUGGGGGGGCAAAGGAGGGCGUCUUGAUGGGAAAUGGGUUGCUCGUGGACCAAGAGCGCACUCGUGGACCAAGGAGCGCACUCGUGGACCAAGGAGCGCACUCAUGGACCAAGGAGCGCACUCGUGGACCAUGGCGCGCACUCGUGGACCAAGGCGCGCACUCGUGGACCAAGGAGCGCACUCGUGGACCAAGGAGCGCACUCGUGGACCAAGGAGCGCACUCGUGGACCAAGGAGCGCACUCGUGGACCAAGGAGCGCACUCGUGGACCAAGGAGCGCGCUCGUGGACCAAGGAGCGCACUCGUGGACCAAGGAGCGCACUCGUGGACCAAGGAGCGCACUCGUGGACCAAGGAGCGCACUCGUGGACCAAGGAGCGCACUCGUGGACCAAGGAGCGCGCUCGUGGACCAAGGAGCGCGCUCGUGGACCAAGGAGCGCGCUCGUGGACCAAGGAGCGCGCUCGUGGACCAAGGAGCGCACUCGUGGACCAAGGAGCGCACUCGUGGACCAAGGAGCGCACUCGUGGACCAAGGAGCGCGCUCGUGGACCAAGGAGCGCGCUCGUGGACCAAGGAGCGCGCUCGUGGACCAAGGAGCGCGCUCGUGGACCAAGGAGCGCGCUCGUGGACCAAGGAGCGCGCUCGUGGACCAAGGAGCGCGCUCGUGGACCAAGGAGCGCGCUCGUGGACCAAGGAGCGCGCUCGUGGACCAAGGAGCGCUCUCGUGGACCAAGGAGCGCUCUCGUGGACCAAGGAGCGCACUCGUGGACCAAGGAGCGCACUCGUGGACCAAGGAGCGCACUCGUGGACCAAGGAGCGCUCUCGUGGACCAAGAAGCGCUCUCGUGGACCAAGGAGCGCACUCGUGGACCAAGGAGCGCACUCGUGGACCAAGGAGCGCGCUCGUGGACCAAGGAGCGCGCUCGUGGACCAAGGAGCGCACUCGUGGACCAAGGAGCGCGCUCGUGGACCAAGGAGCGCGCUCGUGGACCAAGGAGCGCCCUCGUGGACCAAGGAGCGCCCUCGUGGACCAAGGAGCGCGCUCGUGGACCAAGGAGCGCGCUCGUGGACCAAGGAGCGCGCUCGUGGACCAAGGAGCACGCUCGUGGGACCAAGGAGCGCCCUCGUGGACCAAGGAGCGCUCUCGUGGACCCAAGGAGCGCGCUCGUGGACCAAGGCGCGCUCGUGGACCAAGGCGCGCUCGUGGACCAAGGCGCGCACUCGUGGACCAAGGAGCGCACUCGUGACCAAGGCGCGCACUCGUGGACCAAGGCGCGCACUCGUGGACCAAGGCGCGCACUCGUGGACCAAGGAGCGCACUCGUGGACCAAGGAGCGCACUCGUGGACCAAGGCGCGCACUCGUGGACCAAGGAGCGCUCUCGUGGACCAAGGAGCGCUCUCGUGGACCAAGGAGCGCACUCGUGGACCAAGGAGCGCACUCGUGGACCAAGGAGCGCACUCGUGGACCAAGAAGCGCUCUCGUGGACCAAGGAGCGCACUCGUGGACCAAGGAGCGCACUCGUGGACCAAGGAGCGCGCUCGUGGACCAAGGAGCGCGCUCGUGGACCAAGGAGCGCACUCGUGGACCAAGGAGCGCGCUCGUGGACCAAGGAGCGCGCUCGUGGACCAAGGAGCGCCCUCGUGGACCAAGGAGCGCCCUCGUGGACCAAGGAGCGCGCUCGUGGACCAAGGAGCGCGCUCGUGGACCAAGGAGCGCGCUCGUGGACCAAGGAGCACGCUCGUGGACCAAGGAGCGCCCUCGUGGACCAAGGAGCGCCCUCGUGGACCAAGGCGCGCUCGUGGACCAAGGCGCGCUCGUGGACCAAGGCGCGCUCGUGGACCAAGGCGCGCACUCGUGGACCAAGGAGCGCACUCGUGGACCAAGGCGCGCACUCGUGGACCAAGGCGCGCACUCGUGGACCAAGGCGCGCACUCGUGGACCAAGGAGCGCACUCGUGGACCAGGAGCGCACUCGUGGACCAAGGCGCGCACUCGUGGACCAAGGAGCGCACUCGUGGACCAAGGCGCGCACUCGUGGACCAAGGCGCGCACUCGUGGACCAAGGAGCGCACUCGUGGACCAAGGCGCGCACUCGUGGACCAAGGCGCGCACUCGUGGACCAAGGCGCGCACUCGUGGACCAAGGCGCGCACUCGUGGACCAAGGAGCGCACUCGUGGACCAAGGAGCGCACUCGUGGACCAAGGAGCGCACUCGUGGACCAAGGAGCGCACUCGUGGACCAAGGAGCGCGCUCGUGGACCAAGGAGCGCCCUCGUGGACCAAGGAGCGCGCUCGUGGACCAGGAGCGCGCUCGUGGACCAAGGAGCGCGCUCGUGGACCAAGGAGCGCCCUCGUGGACCAAGGCGCGCACUCGUGGACCAAGGCGCGCACUCGUGGACCAAGGAGCGCACUCGUGGACCAAGGCGCGCACUCGUGGACCAAGGCGCGCACUCGUGGACCAAGGAGCGCUCUCGUGGACCAAGGAGCGCACUCGUGGACCAAGGAGCGCACUCGUGGACCAAGGAGCGCACUCGUGGACCAAGGCGCGCACUCGUGGACCAAGGAGCGCACUCGUGGACCAGGAGCGCACUCGUGGACCAAGGCGCGCACUCGUGGACCAAGGAGCGCACUCGUGGACCAAGGCGCGCACUCGUGGACCAAGGCGCGCACUCGUGGACCAAGGAGCGCACUCGUGGACCAAGGAGCGCACUCGUGGACCAAGGAGCGCACUCGUGGACCAAGGAGCGCACUCGUGGACCAAGGCGCGCACUCGUGGACCAAGGAGCGCACUCGUGGACCAAGGAGCGCACUCGUGGACCAAGGAGCGCACUCGUGGACCAAGGCGCGCACUCGUGGACCAAGGAGCGCACUCGUGGACCAAGGCGCGCACUCGUGGACCAAGGAGCGCACUCGUGGACCAAGGAGCGCACUCGUGGACCAAGGCGCGCACUCGUGGACCAAGGCGCGCACUCGUGGACCAAGGCGCGCACUCGUGGACCAAGGCGCGCACUCAUGGACCAAGGAGCGCACUCGUGGACCAAGGCGCGCACUCGUGGACCAAGGAGCGCACUCAUGGACCAAGGAGCGCACUCGUGGACCAAGGCGCGCACUCGUGGACCAAGGAGCGCACUCGUGGACCAAGGCGCGCACUCGUGGACCAAGGAGCGCACUCGUGGACCAAGGCGCGCACUCUUGGACCAAGGCGCGCACUCGUGGACCAAGGAGCGCACUCGUGGACCAAGGAGCGCGCUCGUGGACCAAGGAGCGCCCUCGUGGACCAAGGAGCGCGCUCGUGGACCAAGGAGCGCGCUCGUGGACCAAGGAGCGCGCUCGUGGACCAAGGAGCGCCCUCGUGGACCAAGGCGCGCACUCGUGGACCAAGGCGCGCACUCGUGGACCAAGGAGCGCACUCGUGGACCAAGGCGCGCACUCGUGGACCAAGGCGCGCACUCGUGGACCAAGGAGCGCUCUCGUGGACCAAGGAGCGCACUCGUGGACCAAGGAGCGCACUCGUGGACCAAGGAGCGCACUCGUGGACCAAGGCGCGCACUCGUGGACCAAGGAGCGCACUCGUGGACCAAGGAGCGCACUCGUGGACCAAGGCGCGCACUCGUGGACCAAGGAGCGCACUCGUGGACCAAGGCGCGCACUCGUGGACCAAGGCGCGCACUCGUGGACCAAGGAGCGCACUCGUGGACCAAGGAGCGCACUCGUGGACCAAGGAGCGCACUCGUGGACCAAGGAGCGCACUCGUGGACCAAGGCGCGCACUCGUGGACCAAGGAGCGCACUCGUGGACCAAGGAGCGCACUCGUGGACCAAGGAGCGCACUCGUGGACCAAGGCGCGCACUCGUGGACCAAGGAGCGCACUCGUGGACCAAGGCGCGCACUCGUGGACCAAGGAGCGCACUCGUGGACCAAGGAGCGCACUCGUGGACCAAGGCGCGCACUCGUGGACCAAGGCGCGCACUCGUGGACCAAGGCGCGCACUCGUGGACCAAGGCGCGCACUCAUGGACCAAGGAGCGCACUCGUGGACCAAGGCGCGCACUCGUGGACCAAGGAGCGCACUCAUGGACCAAGGAGCGCACUCCUGGACCAAGGCGCGCACUCGUGGACCAAGGAGCGCACUCGUGGACCAAGGCGCGCACUCGUGGACCAAGGAGCGCACUCGUGGACCAAGGCGCGCACUCUUGGACCAAGGCGCGCACUCGUGGACCAAGGAGCGCACUCUUGGACCAAGGCGCGGGGGUAGGAGGUUGGAGGGGGUAG